AUGACAAUGAAAGGGAAGGCCGAAGAAUACCCUUCUGGCAUCAAUGUCCAGAACGGUCAUCUUCAAAUUGACAAUAUCCUUUGGGAACUACCAAAUGAAGCUAUCAGGAAAUGUUCCACUCUGGUGCAAGUCAGCCUUCCAACGUCCGUGAGAGUCAUUGGAGAAUAUUGCUUUGCGCAGUGCACCAGCUUGAAGACUGCCGAAAUCCCAAACUCGGUGGAAGUCGUUGGAAAAGCCGCCUUUUAUUACUGCACCAAUUUGACCGAUGUGACGAUUGCCCAAGACCAAUCCAAGCUCCGUGUGAUUGGUGAGCUGGCAUUUGGUGUGUGCCGAGCACUCAAGACCAUCGAGACGCCAGAGACUGUGGCGGAAAUUGCUCCCAAAGCCUUUCAGGCUUGUCUGGAUUUGGAAAAGGCAACCAUUACGGGAAACAAGUUACGGUCGGUAGAGGAAGAAGUCUUUAGUGGCUGCUCCUCCUUGACGGAAGUAUUAUUACCAUAUUCCGUCACAAUUAUCAAGAAACAGGCCUUUCGUGGCUGUCGAAAACUUCACACAGCACUGCAGCAAGGACAACAACAAGAAAUUGGUGUAAAAAGGGCGUUCCUUCCAUCGAUAGUCCAUAUCGGGAAUGGUGCCUUUGAGAGUUGCCAAAGUAUAGAAACCUUCCAACUUUCUGGAAAUAUUCGGACUAUUGGGCAAUAUUCUUUCAAAGACUGUGAGAAUUUGGAACACUUUGAGUUCCCUGAAGGUCUUGAAGUCAUUGAGGAUAGAGCCAUGGCAAGAUGCUUCGCUUUGGGAUUCGCCCGGCUACCUACAUCUCUCAUCAGCAUUGGAGAAGAAGCAUUUCAUUCCUGCGAGACUUUGCAGUCGGUGAUUAUGGCGCCGAAGAAACUAUCGAGACUUCGAUCCGUCGGACACAGGGCGUUUGGGAGGUGCCUUAGCCUGUGCAACAUCUAUUUUCCCACAAACGCUUCAGUCGGAAUCACCGCACUGGAGGGGUGCGAAAGACUGAAGGAACUGGUAAAAGGAUAUGCUUGGUCCGAUGAUCAAAUUAUUGAACUCUAUCAAGGUCGAUUUGACGGACUCCCUUUGCAUCAGCUCUGUUACCAUCAAUCGUACUUCUCCACCAAAGAAUUGGGAGAGAUACUUUGCAGUGGAGCAAGGAUGGCAGAGGACGUGAAUGGAAUUGAUGUUUGUGGAAUGACUCCACUGCAUUUGCUUGCGCUGGCAAGAGUCUCGAACUUGGACCUUUGGAAUUACAUGAUUGGACAAAACCGGUCGAACAUUAUGGCGAUGGAUAACCGAGGACAUUUGCCUCUUGGAUAUUUGUUGCUCAACAAUUGCGAGCCGACUAUUCUUGACUUGUAUUUUUCAGCUCGACACGAGUCCUAUCCUUAUCAAUCAUCCUUGGAAUACAUUGCUGAGAACACUCUUCCUUACUCAAGAGUCAAGCUCCAUGUCGUCCUCCAACUUUCUCUCCAGCGAUUGGUGGAGGAUCUUGAGAACGAAGAGUGGAAACAAUCUGUCAUGGAUGAAGCCAAUGAAAUUUGCAAAUCGUUCAACAGCAAAGAUCGGAUCAGGAAAGCAUCCCAAUUGCAAUGCAAUACGCUUCAAAAAUACCAAAUGAAAAAGGUGUCCUCCUUGUUGGAGUUGGCAGUUUGGAAUGUCAAGAUUCACGAAACCACCACCAAGAAGACACACGCUGCAUCAUCUUCACCGGAAGACAAAAUCCACCGACAGAAUUGUAGAUUGCAAUGUGGUGAUGAGGUCAUUAUUCGAAACGUAUUACCAUUUCUUCCUUUUGAAAUCAAAGAUGGGGAUUUCGAACUGAUUGGCAGAAUGAACGGCAAGCCCAUUCCAGAUUUUCGAUACGGACCAAAACCACAAGAUGUCCGAUAUGUACAAGCGCCCCAGACCGUCAGCUUGGCAAGCUUGUUUGGGGUUGAAUAUUGGUAA